GUGAAAAACAAACCGCUAACAAGUGGAAAUUAUGCUGCGGCCAGCACUCCAAGGACCAGUUCUUGCUACACUGCAAAGAGCCAGACAAUUUGAGGAACGAUCAACGAUCUUUCGAUCCUGUUGUACGAAUCUCAUAACCAGUCAUCUUAGAUCGUUCGGAACUACGCGGGCUGUUAGCAGAAAAAUGAUUCCGCCACUAAACGAGGAAGAGCGAAAAAAACUGCUGCAGCCACUAUUCGCCAACGGGUGGACCAUGGUCGACGGUCGUGAUGCAAUCAAGAAAAAGUUCGAAUUCAAAAACUUCAACCAAGCUUUCGCUUUCAUGACCGGGGUGGCGUUAAAGGCAGAGAAAAUGGAUCAUCACCCGGAAUGGUUUAAUGUUUACAACAAGGUAGACGUGACGCUCGCGACUCACGAUUGUAACGGAUUGAGUACGCGGGACGUAGAGUUGGCUACGUUCAUGGACAAGAAAGUUUAAUUACGGAAAGUCUACAGCGCAUUCGAUCUUUUUACGUUUACGUUAGAUUCAAUAAUCAUUUAUUUCAUUUAACGAAAAGCAUUUGUGUAGUUUCUUGUUCAUUUCAGUUUUUAUGACUUGAAAAAAUAUGCUUUUUUCAAUUUUGCCAGGCAAACUUA